CCUGCACCAAUAUAUCACUAACCGAGUCUUUGCUAAACAACGCAGUGAGAAGAAACAUAAUAUUUGGGGGCACUACUAGAAAUUUAACCUAAUCUCUGAAGAACAGCGGAAGAAAAGAUUUCUAGGGUUUCUCAAAAUGUUUCGACAAAUUUCACGUCAGUUGUUAUCUAGAUCGAGUACGAUCAAAGGGUCUAGAUCUCUAUCAACAGAUCUACCAGCAGGAGAAACAACGGCAAAUCAAGCAUUCAUUGAUGCAUGGAAAAAAGCAUCCCCAAAUAUGGAUCCACCAAAAACUCCAUUGACUUUCAUGAAUCCUCGUCCUGCUACUCCUUCAUCGAUUCCUAAUAAACUUACUGUCAAUUUUGUCUUGCCUUAUCAAUCUGAGUUGUCCUCAAAGGAGGUUGACCAGGUCAUUAUACCAGCAACAACCGGUAUGAUGGGAGUUCUUCCUGGACAUGUAGCUACCAUCGCAGAACUCAAACCUGGGGUUCUCUCAGUGGUUGAAGGAAAUGAAACAACCAAGUAUUUCAUCAGCAGUGGAUUUGCAUUCAUCCAUGCAAACUCUUACGCGGAUAUAGUUGCUGUUGAGGCAUUACCCCUUGACCAAAUUGACCCAGCUGAGGUUACAAAGGGUCUCGCAGAGUUCACUCAGAAGGUGACUUCUGCCACAACUGACUUGGAGAAAGCUGAAGCUCAGAUUGGAGUUGACGUUCACAGUGCCCUCAAUGCUGCACUUACAGGCUAGUUGAUGUCCUCCAACAACAUCCCUUUCAAAACUUCUUCUUUCCUUUUUUUUGUGAAUGUGAGGGCUGAGUACUCUCUUUUGAGAUCAUACUGAUUUUUGGGGAGGUUGAAUAAACUAUCUAGAAGCAAGAUUCUCUCUGUAGGUUUUUUACAGAUCACAGUGCAACUUGAAUGGUUAAACUCUCUUUGCUGUAUUGACUGUAGGGGAAAGGUUAGCAGAUGCCUAUCUCCAAAUGUUUGUUCAGUAUGUUCCAAUCUGCUUUAAAUUUAAAUUUGAAAAAUGUAAACUUCCAAUCUGCAUUUCCAGUCUCGGGCUUUAUCUCUUUACAAUAAUACAUGAGAGAGAACAUGG